CUUUACCACUUCUUCCAUCCAUCAUUCCACCCAUCUCCAAGAGUGCCAUGUGUUUAUCACACCAACCCUCGCCUUUCCCUCUUCUAACACCCGCUUCCACACCUCUCUCUCUCAGGGACACCCCCACCCCAACCUUUUCCUCUUCCAUAUCCUCCCUUCCUCCCCUCUCCCCCUUAUCCAAAAGACUAUAUUAAUCCUCCACUCCAAGGCCAUUCCACAAGCACCAGCCAUUUCCCAUACUCUUUUGUUGCAUUUCAAUUUAUCCUUGCUGAGACAGCAAUGGUUUGGGCUGGCAGGUGUGCAUGGGUCCUUGCCCUUUGGCUCGGCCUGGCCAUGUUGCAUGGGGAUGGGGCUCAGGUGGGUGCGCCUUCACCCUCCAUGGACUGCACCUCUGCCCUCCUCAGCCUGGCUGACUGCCUGACCUUUGUGGAGCCAGGGAGCAACGUGACCAAGCCCCAGGGGAAUUGCUGCUCUGCCCUCAAGAAGGUGGUCAAGGAGGAGGUGGCCUGCCUCUGUGAGGCCUUCAAGGGGAGUUCGGCCUUUGGGAUCACCAUCAACAUGACCAAGGCCCUCACCCUCCCCUCUGCCUGUGGGAUCACCACCCCUCCCUUCAGCAAGUGCAAGAUUGCAUUUGAUGGAGCGCCUGGUUCAGCCCCCGCCCCAUCACCAUCCAGUGGAGCACCUGGAAGUGCUUCGACUCCAUCAUCAAGGCCUUCAGGCGCCCGAGCUUUAUCGGCUCCAUCCUUGGUCGUUGUUCUUGCUGCUGCAGCAGUUGCUCUUUGGUUUCACUACAUUUGAGAACUUAGCUCCUGUGUCCAUGCAUGUAUCUCUUUUCUAGUCGAUAUGAAACGAGUCUUUUUGGUGGUGUUGCUUGAGUUGUAUCCCGGGGAUUUCUUUUGGUUUCAUUGAGCUCUCAGUUUGGUGCUGUUCUCACACAAACAUCAUCAUUUAUGUUAAGACUAUUUUUAUACUAGUAGAUUUCGUGUUUAAUGCUAGAAGAGUAUGUCUGUAUUGCCGGUUUGGCAUCUCA